CCUAACUCCAUGGCCUCCAACCUUCUCCGCCGCCAGUCAUCCCAAACACCGGCCGCCGCGGCCGCCGCCCGUCCGCUGCCCAUCCGCGCCUCCGACAGGUUCAGGACACGGCAGACCCCGGCACACGCGCACUACUUCAACAACGACGUGGAGGACUACACCAUCCCUGCCCACGCCGGCAUCGCUCUCACCAUGAGGUACACUUCAAAGGCAACAAUCGUGGAAGACUGUAUCGACAGAUUCUACGAGUUAUUGGACAAGGCGCCGCACCGGAUCGUCGGGCUCGACGUCGAGUUCACCAGGGCAAGGCCGGGCAGACAGAAGGAUCUCCCGGCGCACAAGAGGCGGAAGGCCGCCGUCAUCCAGCUAUGCGUAGGCACCUACUGCCUGGUGUACCAGAUAUGCCAUGCCGACAGGUUAUCCCCAAAGUUCCGUGAUUUCCUCCAGGAUGAAAGUGUUGAGUUUGCCGGCGUGGGCAUCACACAGGACACGGAGGUACUUGCCCGUUGUCAGCUGCGGGUCGGGAAGUACAUUGAUAUCCAGAAAAUCUACAAAGUGCGGGGCAACGGCAAGCCGAAUGAUUCUUUGUGUGACCUCGCAGCAGAUGUGGUAGACCCAUGGUACAAGGACAUGAAGGAUGGCGUGGAUCGUGCAUUUCACAAUCAUUGGGAGAAAGCCACUAUCUGA